UUACGUUAUGACCAGCUUUGCAGCAAUGUCGCAAAUAAUGCAUCUCCGGAACGGAUUUACGGCAAGUCGCCAAGUGAACUGUGGUGGGUCUGGAAAAGGUUAAAGUGAACCCGAAGAACACGCACCAUGCCGUUCGUUGACCUUCAAUCCAGGCUGGGAAUCAACUUGGACCACUGGAUCCUGGCCCAGAGCGGAGAGCAGCCUUACAAGCGAGCUGCACGCUGCCAUGCCUUUGAGAAGGAGUGGAUCGAGUGUGGCCACGGCAUCGGUCAGACCCGGGCUAAGAAAGAAUGCAAACUGGAGUUUGAAGAUUUCUAUGAGUGCAUGCAUCGGCAAAAGACGCACAAGCGCUUGCAUGAGAUCCAGAAGCAGAGGGAUAAGCUGAUUAAAGAAGGCUCAUACACACCUCCUGCACAUCACACGGGCAAAGAAGACCCUCGGCCCUGAGCUCUGCGCUCUAUGCUCCCUGCCUGGCACUCAGUGUGCUGACUCACUCGUGUAUUAUAAUUAUUCUAACAACACUGUUCUGUUCUACUCAAAAUUUAAUAAAUACUAUUCAUCAUGUCA